GCUGCUUCAACAUUUUUUUUCUUCUCUCUCUCUCUCUAAACUUUUUUUCAGUGUUAUAAAUGUCAAAAUCUGCAUCUCUUCUCUUCACAAGUGCAAUUGCCCCCAUUACUAUCGCCUAGUUGUUGAACUAAGAGAGAGAAAAUGCCGCAAAAAGUAAAGAGAAAAAUAUAGCUAAUAAACACUACAGUACAAUUUUUAAUUUUUUUUUUUCAUUGCAGAAAAAAGAAACUUUCUUUGUUUUUCAUUCUUUUUUUUUGUUCUCCUUUGUGCUUUUUCCACUUUUUAAUCUAAUGAUGUUGUGUUAAGUGUUAACCAUUCCUCAUUUUUCUCUUCUAUCUUUGCCUCUUCUUUUGCCAUGUAUUUUUUUUUUUUUUUAAUUUUCAUAAUCAGCUGACACCUUUUAUAUUUCUCUCUCUAUAAUUUCUUUUUUAUUUUUGUUUAAAAUUUUGAAAAAUAAAUGGAUCUUGGUGAUACCCACUUGUUUUUUUGCUGACCCUUUUAUCAGGGUUUGGAAAAAAAUCAAAUCUUUUUUUUGACCCUUUUUAGUUUUGGAUUCACAUUUGAGGUUGUGGGUGUUGGAUUUUAGGUUUUGUAUUUGCAUGAUCCAAUGUUAGGGUUUGGUUGUUGGUGUUUUGGGUAUUUUUUUUAGUGGGUUUAAGGAAUUUUUUCUUUUUGGGGUUUAAUUAGAUUGAAUUCUAUUUUAGUUUUUUUUUUUUUUUAGUUUUGAAGAAAGUGGUGGUACUUUUAAAGAGUCCUCGGGCAACUUUACCAGCUUUCUUCGUUCAGGAUAUGAGUAUGACAAGUGAAAGUGAUGACAGGAUGGCAUCACAAGAUGGGGUGGAUUCGCCAUCUGUCGAAGAAGCUUGUGGUGGAGGAAUUACCGGAGGAGGUCUACCACUUAAAAAGGGCCCAUGGACUUCUGCAGAAGAUGCAAUUUUAAUGGAUUACGUCACGAAACACGGUGAGGGGAACUGGAAUGCUGUCCAAAAGCACUCAGGACUUGCUCGGUGUGGUAAAAGUUGCCGUUUGCGGUGGGCCAAUCACCUGAGACCAGAUCUAAAGAAAGGUGCAUUCACUCCCGAGGAAGAGCGGCGCAUAAUUGAACUGCAUGCUAAGAUGGGAAACAAAUGGGCACGAAUGGCUGCUGAGUUGCCUGGGCGCACAGAUAAUGAGAUAAAGAACUACUGGAAUACCAGGAUAAAGAGACGUCAGCGUGCAGGCUUGCCAAUUUACCCUCCAGAUAUUUCUUUUCAGGCGAUCAGCGAAAACAAACAAAAUGAGGAGUUGGGUGCAUUCUCCUCUACUGAUUCACAGUAUCCUGAUUUCUUGCCAAUGAACAAUUUUGAGAUUCCAGCUGUGGAAUUCAAAAGGUUGGAAUUCAAUAAGCAGUUGUGUCCACCAGCACUUCUUGAUAUUCCCAAUGGUGGCAUACUUGAUAUUCCUGGAAGAAGCCUGUUGGCACAGGGUCUUAAUUCUGCCUAUUACAGUCGGUCAUUCCUCUCAACAAUGCCUCCAGCCAAGCGUAUACGAGGUGCAGAAUCUCUGUUCUCUGGUUUAAAUGGUGAUUGCUCUCCAUCAAAAAAUGAAGGUUCUUUUCCAACCUGCCAUCAAUAUCAGGAUGAUGGUUCCUUGCUUGCUCAGUCGAUGGGAUUUUCAUCUUCAUUUAAUCAAAAUUUAACAUCUGUUCAUCACCCCUCAUCCUCGGGUGUAAUUCCUGGCAGCCAUGCCCCUCUAAAUGGCAAGACCUCUUCUUCAGAGCCCUUGUGGGCAGAGAAGCUCGAGCUCCCUUCAUUCCAAAGUCAGAUGGCAAGUUGGGGCUUAUCUUCUUCCCCCCUUCCUUCACUUGAGUCUGUCGACACUGUGAUUCAGUCCCCUCCAACUGAGCAUACUGAAUCAUGCAAUUUGUCACCUAGGAACAGCGGUUUGUUGGACGCUGUACUUUAUGAAUCUCAAACUAUGAGAGCUUCAAAGAGUAUCUUGCACCAGGAGAAUUCUGGUGAUGUGGUUGAUAAUUCAUGUCCCGAUCUUCACGAGACUGGAUGGGAAACAUACGGUGAUCCAAUCUCUCCAUUAGGUCAUUCUGCUGCAUCAGUGUUUAGCGAAUACACUCCUACCAGUGGAAGCUCCCCAGAGGAGCCCCAGUUGGUGACAAUGCCAGGUUGCAAGGUUAAGCAGGAGAAGUUUGAUUUCGGACCCUAUGAUGGGAAGGAAGAUGCAUCAGACCUGAUCUUUUCCAGGCCAGACUACUUGCUCGAAUCCAAUUGUUUUGGUCAUAUGCAAAAAACCGCAAGAUCGAUCUGGCACUGAAUAUGCUGUAUUUGGUUCUGAUCUUUUUGAUGAUUAUAGUCUGUUAGCCACACCAUCAGGUCAAGGCUGUGGACGUGGUUCUUGUGCACGGGUUGCCAUGUCUACGAUCUAGUGAAUAAGCUCCACAAGAUUAUGGUACUUUUAACGCCUUGCAAACAUUUUUCGAUGCAAACUUUGAUUGUUCCAGCUAUCAAACAACUAUAGAAGACUGAUGUAAUAUUUUUCCAUAAGCUGAAAGUGACUUUUCAUGUUAGGUUGUCUUUAGAUAUUGAAACACAAGAUACUGUUUGUAUGCGGCAUUAACUUGCCUGCCUUUCAUUUCCACUGUGUUUGACCACGAAUGUGACGCAUAUUGUUUGUUCUGGGACAAGAGUUUGAAGUGUUGCUAGUUUGCUACUCCCUUUUUCUCCA